CCUCCUUCCGCCAUGAUGUCAGUCGAAGCGAGAGCGAGAGGGAGAGAGGUGGGCAGUAUUGAGGAACUGAGUUCAUACAAUACUACUGAGACAUCUACAGCUUAGCAGACAGAUACGCUGAACCGCCUAUCCCGGCUCCUGUAAGUGAUGCUGCACUGAGGCACACUUUGAUCCAACUCCACCGGGGGGGCGAUGCGCUCUUCGCAUCUCUCAUUUAAGAGUUUUUGGGGAGCUUGCACAGCCUCGAAUCAGCCCAAACAAGUGGUUAUAAAUUAAAUUAGCUUUAACCUUGCAAUCCUUCGUCAGAAGUCUUUUUUUUUUACCCUCUCGGAUUGAAGUUUUACGCGCGGCUGAAGAGGCGUUUAACGCGCAGGUUUAAAUUCGGUGCCCGUUAUUUUUUCAGCUGGCACAAUAAAGUAGGGAUUUCGGGGUAAAUUGUGUUAGGGAGCUAAAGUUUAUGUAAAAAAAAAAAAAAAAAAAAAAAAAAAAAGCGUGGACCAUUGCGUAUCUCCGCCUGUGGGAUUGCGAGCCCGAGACACCCGAAGAGGAAUUACAGCGUCCUUUUCAAACUUAAGUUGAUCGCUGUGCAUGAUCAUUUUUUCUCCGACACGUGAGGACCGCAGUGUUUUUUAGCCCAUGGAUAAGUUUUUUUGUAGUGGAUAACAAUUUUUUUGUUCUACUUUCAUUGCCUUUUGCUGCCGCUUCUGAUGAGGACCCUUUCUCCUCGUUUCCCCUACUUCAGAUUAAUUCAUGGCACUUGUUCUUUUUUUUUUUUUUUUUGUAAAUCAGUGAUGGCUCUGCGCAACGGUACUCACGGUUGAUUUUUUUUUCAUCCGGUUCGAGCAGAAAAGAAUUGCUGCAGUAGAAGUGAAGCUCCCAUCUACUCUUGAGUAUGGACUUAGCAAGUCAGGCUCAUGUGUUGGUGGUCUUGCUCACCUGCGUGGUCUUACUAUGCCAGGCCCAGGAGAGGGACUACACGGUGAAGGAGGAGCAGCCGGAGAACGUCCGCAUCGGGAAUCUGCGCAAGGACCUGGACCUCAACCUGGACCCCAACAUCAGGCUCUCGUCACCGCUGCAGUUCAAGCCUGUGUAUAAGACAGGCGACGUGCCUUUGGUGAGGGUGGAGGCCAACACCGGGGAGAUCUUUACCACCAACCACAGGAUCGACCGGGAGAAGCUGUGCUCGGGGGUCUUCACGGAGAAACGCUGCUAUUAUGAGAUCGAGGUGGCGGUGCUUCCCGAUGAGAUCUUCAGACUGGUCAAGAUCCGCUUCCUGAUUGAGGACGUGAAUGACAACGCGCCGCUUUUCCAGUCUACCGUGAUAAACAUCUCCAUCCCGGAGAACACAGCCAUCAACACCCGAUACCCGGUGCCCUCAGCAUUUGACCCCGAUGUAGGGAUCAACGGGAUUCAACAUUAUGAGCUAGUCAAGAGUGUCAAUGAGUUCGGCUUAGACAUCAUUGAGACUCCCGAAGGCGACAAGUGGCCACAGCUCAUCGUUCAGCAGAAUCUGGAUCGCGAGCAGAAGGACACCUUUGUCAUGAAGAUAAAGGUGGAGGACGGUGGUAGCCCCCCCAAAUCCAGCACUGCCAUUCUCCAAGUCACCAUUUCUGAUGUCAAUGACAAUCGGCCCAUCUUCAAGGACAGUGAGCUGGAGGUCAUGGUACCGGAGAACGCUCCCAUGGGGACGUCGGUUGCUCAGCUGCACGCCACGGACGCCGACUUGGGUUCCAACGCGCAGAUCCACUUCGCCUUCAGCAACCAGAUCUCUUCCUCAACCAAACGUCACUUUGCCAUAAACAGCUCUACAGGACUGAUCACUGUGAAGCAGCCGCUGGACAGGGAGGUGACUCCUGUUCAUAAACUCAUCGUCCUGGCAAGCGAUGGCAGCUCCACCCCGUCCAGAGCCACGGUGAUUGUUAAUGUAACGGACGUUAAUGACAAUGUUCCCUCCAUAGACACGCGCUACAUUAUCAACCUUGUUAAUGGGACUGUUCUACUGUCCGAAAAUGCACCUCUUAACACCAAAAUAGCCCUAAUUACUGUUACUGACAAGGAUGCAGAUCUUUACGGCAAAGUAGCUUGCUACACUGACCAUGACGUUCCUUUCCGGUUGAAGCCUGUCUUUAAUGAUCAGUUCUUACUAGAGACAGCUGCCCCUCUAGAUUAUGAGAUGACUCGAGAAUAUGCAAUUAAGAUAGUGGCCUCGGAUAGGGGAACGCCUCCUCUGAACACUUCAGCUAUGGUGUUAAUUAAAAUCAAGGAUGAGAACGACAACGCACCCAUCUUUCCCCAGCCGGAAAUCCAACUUUCCAUACCAGAGAACAAUGACCCCUCUACACAGUUAAUAAAAAUCAGUGCCACCGAUGCAGACAGCGGACAUAAUGCUGAGAUUAUUUAUACUCUCGGCCCUGACGCACCUGAUGGGUUUAACAUAGACAGACGGUCAGGAAUCCUCUCCGUUGGCAAGCGACUGGACAGAGAGAAGCAGGAGAGGUACUCAUUCACUGUCAUAGCCAGGGACAAUGGCUCUACGUCCCUGCAGAGCAAUGUCACUGUCAGGCUAAUUGUCCAGGACCUUAAUGACAACAGCCCAGCUUUCACACACCCUGAGUAUAACUUCUAUGUGCCUGAGAACCUGCCUCUCUACGGAACCGUGGGCUUAAUCACAGUGACAGACGCAGAUGCGGGAGAUAAUGCCGUUGUAACCCUGUCCAUUUCGAAUGGGAAAGACAAUUUCAUCAUUGACCCGCAAACUGGUGUGAUCAAACCCAAUAUCACCUUUGACAGGGAGCAGCAGAGCUCCUACACAUUUAUGGUCAAGGCAGUUGAUGGAGGGCAACCUCCGAGCUCCUCCUACGCCAAGGUCACUAUCAAUGUAGUCGAUGUGAAUGACAAUCGGCCCGUGUUCGUCAUCCCAUCCUCCAAUUACUCGUAUGACCUAGUCCGAACCACCACCACCCCAGGUGCUGUGGUCACCAGAGUGUCUGCCGUUGACAAUGACACGGGUAUGAAUGCUGAGCUGCAGUACAGCAUUAUCAGCAGCAUCAUCAUCACAUCUAGGGUCUCCCCGCGAGGUCUCUUUGCCAUCGACAAAACAACGGGUAACAUAACACUGCAGGAGAAAAUAGUAGCAGCUGAUCAAGGGCUGCAUAGGCUGGUGGUGAAGGUCAAAGAUUUAGGCCAGCCUGAGUCAUUACAUGCUAUCGCACUCAUUCACUUGUUUGUCAAUGACACUGUGUCAAAUUCUACCUUUAUCCAAGAACAGCUGCGAAAAAGUAUGGAGACACCCUUGGACCGUAACAUAGGGGACAGUGAGGUAACACCUCAAGCUAAUGGAUAUGUGAUUGUUGUCAUAGCUAUCAUAGCGGGGACCAUGACUGUCAUCUUAGUGAUAUUUGUGACUGCCUUGGUGCGCUGCCGGCAGACACCCAGACACAAAGUAGUACAGAAGGGCAAGCAGAGUGGAGAGUGGGUGUCGCCCAACCAAGAGAACCGUCAGAUCAAGAAAAAGAAGAAGAGAAAGAAGCGAUCCCCCAAGAGCCUCCUCCUGAACUUUGUGACCAUAGAUGAAUCCAAGCCUGACGACCCCACCCAUGAGCAUGUUAAUGGUACACUGGAUCUCCCUGUGGAGCUAGAGGAGCAAACCAUGGGGAAGUACAAUUGGGCAACCACGCCCACCACCUUCAAACCCGACAGCCCAGAUUUAGCCAAGCAUUACAAGUCCGCGUCCCCUCAGCCUACAUUUCAAAUCAAACCGGAAACUCCAGUGGCCCCAAAGAAACACCAUGUGAUCCAGGAGCUCCCCUUGGACAACACGUUCGUGGUGGGGUGUGACUCACUCUCCAAGUGCUCGUCGACUAGCUCCGACCCAUACAGUGUCUCAGAGUGCAGCUGUCAGGGGGGAUUCAAGACCACGGGGCAAAUCUCCACUCGACAGAACCUGAGCCAAACACCGGAGAAGUCUUUUAACUCACCGCCCCCUAUUUGUCCUCAUAAGGAGGCCUGUCAACUUGGCAAGAUAACCUCUGUAAACACCCAGCGCCGUGUGACGUUCCAUCUCCCGGACGGUUCCCAGGAGAGUUGCAGUGACAGCGGGCUGGGGGACCCGGAGCCAAGCAGCACGGCCAGCACCAACCAGCCUCUGCCCCUCAGCUUCCCCCAGGAGGAGUACUACGAGCAAACGUCGCCCAACAGCCGCACGGAGGGGGACGGAAACUCGGACCCCGAAUCCACCAUAGAGGUGAACCUCCAGAAAGCCUUGGCUGAGGCCUCUGAGACCUGCACCCAGGAGUGUCUGAUACUGGGCCACUCCGACAGCUGCUGGAUGCCCCCAGCCCUGGCCCAGUUCCAAGGUCCUGGCAGCAACAGCCCGACCUCCGCCCCGACCACCACUGCCAUCACCGCCACCCUCCCCUCUUUCGGCUUCCAGCAGAGCUAUUCCCGGGGAAUAAAAGCUAACAUGGGCAGCAUGGGGGUCAUGGAUGGCCGCCACACCCUGGGCAGGUCCGUGCCCAAAAAGGACGAACUGGACAAAGGGAUCGGCCGGCCGCAGUUCUACAACACCCUGGACAGACACUGCAGUAGCAAGAAGGAAGACCCCGUCAAGGUCAUCCCCCUGGCAAGCUUCUCCUCUCCCGGGCAGCAGACGCCAACCGGCGGGGGAAGCGGCUCUUUCUUGAACGAGCACCAGCUGUAAGGGUUAAAGACAGAUUUUAAUCGGCCUGACGUGGGUGCGGCUCCUUCCAUAGAAGGCCUAUGACUUUAUGAGUAUGUAUGCGUACGAGUGCAGGUAUGCACAAUCUGAAUAACUUCAACCAACUCAAGCUCAGUUUUACUAAUGAAGACAUCUGAGAACAGGAUUUAAGCGCAAUGAUGUUAUUCAGACAAACUCCUAUGGAAUCAGUCUGACAGCUACAGCUUUUGAAGGGAAAUGGAAGUCUUAACACAGCAGACCCAUGUAUAUUAAAUAAAAGGUAGUUCUAUAUCAAAGUAGAUCUAUCGCAGGAGAGAAAAAAAAAACUCAUUUUGCUUUCAGUUUUGGUGAUGUUUGCUUAGUGAUAAGAACGGGCACUCCACACUUUAAGCUCCUCUGGCCCGGCUCAGUGGACCCGCGCCCUAAAAGACCAUUUCCUCGCUCAGAAACAAUUGCAGACGCAGUGCUUUGUGUUGUGUGAGCUAAAUUGGGCUAAAUGUUUAUUAUAAGCUCUGGGUGGAUGGUGUUUCCAGUCAAGUUCUAGUGAAGUUUUGCUCUGUAUGACACGUGGCGCAAACUCCUUUGGCGGUGGAAGAUGUUACUUUUGUCUCGCUCAAACGUGUUUUUCAGAAGUCUAUUUUGGUCAGGGGACUGCAGAAGGACGUAAAAAAAACUAUAUAUAUAUACAUAUUAAAAAAAAAAGUCUACAAAGCAUAACUAGGCCAUUGGUAGACAACACUGCAUCUUCAUCUUUUCGCAUUCCACGUUUUCACUGCGAAACGAGCGCGCACAAAAUGAAAUGGAAGCCCUGCACGUCCGCACAUGCAUACCCAUGUUGUUUUUCAUAUGGCGGCAGCUCCAUCUCUGCCAGCUCUAUCUCGUAGCGUUAUCUCGGUAGCUUAGCCUUGAGAGGCACAGACAGAUGCGCUUUCGGAAAACGUAGCCUUUGUUUUCUUCCUUUUGUUUCUCUUCCUCACAAUUUGCCGCUCAGAAACAGCCCCGUAAUGACAGCCAUGGAGCUAAUUACGAAAUACUCGGUCUAAUUACUUUGAUGUGUGAUCUCGGUGACGACCCUUAUUGUGGACAGGAGGAAUGAUUGGAAUGAUUACAUUGUCUGCCUGGAAACCGCGCACGUACGGAGGCAGUGGGAAAAAGGGACGAGAGCUCAGAAACAAAAGCUUUAUGCGCGUAGUGCUAACACCUAUGUUCCUGCAAUUAAUUACUAUUCAGUGUUUUCUUGCUGCUAAGUUAGGCUACAAACUUUCCAUUGUCGGUAUUAUGUGUCGACACUAGAGUAAUAGACCAGACUGCAAAAAAUAAAAAAUAAAUCUGCUGGGCCCUGAGCUUAACCGAGUUAUUGAUGUUAAUGUCGUUUUUGCAGAUAUCAUAAGAACAGACAGUAGCACCGUUUGAAAGGCCGUCUCUGCAGGCUGCCCCUCACAUGGUCCCAUAAUCACACUGCAUCACUGCUGUGGUGUGUGAAUUGUUCUGAUGAUAAUAACUACUUCAGACCAAACGCGCUGCAGUAACAGAUUGGGUGCAGCAUAAUCUAUUGCUACAGCAAUAAGUGACUUUGCUGAUUUCCAUUUUUUCUUUCCCGCAACAUCCAAGCCAGGUGUCCACAUCAUCAGGUGUAUGAUUCAUGCGAUUCAUUUCCUCGGACCAUCUUGCAAAUUGGGGACAGGCCUAAAUCUAUAAUGCAACGCGGUAUUCCCAAGGGGCGGCAGAGGCAAAUUGUGUUUGUAUGUACGUAGCCACCGCGCUCAUUCUCUCGGACCAGGACUCUUAUCAUUGUAAAGGGGAUUUAUCUGAGAAAUGAUCACUUAAAGGAACACUGUGUCAAGGACAAAGAUGGGGGCAUUUCAAUUUCACCUCAGUCAAUUAUGAAAAUGAAUUGAUUUCAAAACAGGGAACUAGAAUAAACCCCCCUAUAGAAAUCCACUGAUGGUAAUGACCCUGUUUGGGAGUCCGCUUUCAGCUCAUUUACUCAUACGUUUAGUUUUUUUUUCGGUCUCGUCACUUUUCAUCUCAUUUCAUUGUCUUAGCAAAGACUCGCAUCACCAAAUGGUAUAAGCAAUGCAUUAUUAAUCAAAAGGAGCGCAUUUCAAAGGGAACAUGCAUCACGUGUCACGGAAAAUUGGGAAAUUUUAAUUUUAUUACUGCGGAUCCAACACUUGAUCCAGAAGUUACUUCAGAAGUCUUUUCAGUCUCUAUCUACAGUAGUGUGGGAAAAAUAAAAGAGGGGGAAACAAACUCGGAAAUAUGGUACGAUAAUUGGAUUUUUAUGAAACCAUCCUGUUCAUUGAAAACUAUACAUUCAGACUCUUAUCUGCUCGUGGAUUACUGUUUAUAAAUAUCACACACACACACACAAAAAAAACGACUGAACCCUUCUGCAUAUCAUGAAGGAAGAGCAUUUCUAUUUAAUAUGUAUGGGAUAAUUCACUGUCACUCUUAAAAUAAAAAUGUGAUUAUUUAAAAUACUCUAUCCAGCCACGCGUGUACAGUUAACACAAUAUUACAUAUGUGUGUCCCUCACGGUGUUGUCACUUACUCUGCCUACCUACAUAACUCCCGUGUACUGUAACGUUGCAACAGCUACAUUAAAUGAAAGAAAACCAGAGGGGAUAGUGUAACAACUGCAUGAAUGUACCCCAAGGAUAAAGGAUGUACCUUUAGGUGGAUUUUUUUUAUUAUUAUUAUUAUUAUUAUUUUUUUUUUUUCAGAUCUGUUUUGUUUGACCAUGAAUCCGGUAAAAGCGAUGGAUGGUGUUUUAUUUAUUUAUUCUUUUAAAACAAAGAGAAUACAACAUGAAUGUCGAUUUUUUAUCUCUUUUUUUUGUUUUGUUUUCACUUCAAAAAAGUUGAGUGAUCGCAGUUUUUCCACUUCGCAUGAUUCUUCUCUCACUGUUGUUUUUUGAAUUUUUUUGAAUGCCCUCUUCCCCGCCGAUGGAAAUAGGAACGAUGCUACACAUAAAACGGAACAUUACUUUUUAUUUGAAGAUUUUUUUCUGUCAAAAAAAAACAAAAAAAACAAUAAAAUAUGUGUAUCACGAUUGCCCAUAGCCCAACCCACCGCCCCACCCCGUGGCCAUAAUUUGCAUGAAGUGUUUGGACUUCCACAAGGCAUUUUGACACUACGUGGCUCAUGCAUCCGUCAUUAGGAUCCGUGUCGGUAUCGAUGUUUACUGCUCUUCCUGUCUGUCUGUCUUAUGGAACAAAGCAAAUGUUACACCGUGUACACAUUCAAACCUUGUGCCGCGUGCGCGCCACCGUAUGCGCACGCGCAAUUAUCAGAUAUCUCUACUGACGGAUAAAGUGGAUUUUAAACUGUACAUAGCAGUACCCCUAAGAACAUGUGGUUAUGGCUACAAGCUGGAAAGACGUAUACAGUUAAAGGCUACAGACUAAAUACUGGAAUUCAUUUCGAGGAAAAAAUGCAAAACAGAAGAAGCGAUGAGAUGACAAUCUCUGCCGUAAUGUAAAUGGACACAUAUGCAUAAGAGAGUGUGUUUGAAUGUGUUUCUAGGUGAUCUUGCGUGAGCGCGAGUGCGUGUCCUCCUGCAUGUAUGCGCGCGUGUGUGUGUGUGUGUGUGUGCUGGCAUGCACCUUGCCAGGGUAUUUUAUGUACACAAAUGUAUCUUGUACAAAAACUAUAACAAAAUAUGAUAUAAGACUUAAGUAUAUGCUUGUAAAUUAGUCAUCGGUGAGUCAGGUCAAGUUUGCUUUGAGAGAAGGCUUCAAUGCUUGCCAGCAAAUCUGUAUUGGUCAGUUAAAGCUAUACAGUCUGUGUUGUCAUGCCUUUGUAAGAUAUUCCACUUAAAUCUAUGGAAGAAAAAAGAAAAAAAGAACCCUCCAUAUGGUGAAAUGAUUUUUCUUGUCAUUGAAUUUUACUUGAGCCAUUAAAUAUUGAGUCCUCAAAGAACA